GCGGUGGUGGUUUGAAGUGACUCAGCUCCUGUGGCUGAGGGUGCUGGUUGGAGGCCGGGUGUGCGCGGCGGGGCCCGAAGCCCUAAAGCACGGAUGAGUGAUGUAUUGUCCUUCCUUUACUGCGGUGUGAAGGCUGCGAUAAAGAAUCGCUCUCUCUUCUUUUUUUUUUUUAAUGUUUACACUAUGAACUGUGCGCUUUUCGAGAAACAGGGUGGAAUUGCCGAGGCAGCGGAUGUCAUGAAAAGGAAGAGGGAGGUGCACGAAAGAGUUAUAGCUGCCAGCCAUGAGAAAGCGAAAGAGCGGGAGCGUGCACGUUUGCAGAACUCGCGGGAGAGCGAUGAGAGCGAGGAUGAAUCGGAAGACGAUGAUGAUGAAAAGAAGAGGUCCAAGGCGAGGAAGAGCUUCAGAGAUGAAGAGAAUUACAUUGGCUUGUCUCACCAGAACCAGUUUGUGGAGCGCGAAUUGACGAUCAGCGGGAAAACAGGCGGCGAAAGUUUUGGCAAUCCAAGUAUGGAUGCAGCGGUUCUAGACAUUCUACCCGAUGAAGCGUCCGGUGUAGCCAAGAAGAGAGCUACAUACCAUUGGGAUAAGAGGAAGAAGAAGUAUACGAGGUUGCUACCCGGUGAGAAGAUGACUGCUGCUGGAAAGAUCAAGACAGAAAGUGGGGUGAAGGUAAAUAAAAGCCAAACAGGACUUUACCGAAAAUGGCAGCAGCGCACAAAGAUGAAGAUACCGGCAGUGGGUACGGAGAACGAGGAUGAGCGACCAUCAUCAGCAGGGGGGCGCAUGGUUGGUCAAGGCAGUAGAAGCGGGGAGGAAGGAAGAGGAUUUGGGAGAGGGAGAAUCGGCGGCGGCGGCGGCGGCAGCUUGAAAAGAAAGCGCGAAGACAGCGGGACGCAUUGGAAACCAAAAGAAGAACUCCGAAAUCCGGACCAAGUUCGUAAAGAGAAGCAAAAGAAGAUCAUAAAGCAACGGCUUGUUGGAAAAGGACGGGGCAGGCAUGAUGGAGGCAGCUGGGGCCGCGAAGAAGGGAGCGGAGGUGGUAGGCACGGUGGAGGCGGGCGAGGGCGCGGAGGUGGCCGGCACGAUGGGGGCGGCCGAGGGCGUGGAGGUGGCCGGCAUGGCGGAGGCGGCCGUGGGCGUGGAGGUGGCCGGCACGAUGGAGGCAGCCGAGGGCGGGGAGGAGGAGGAGGACGCGGAGGUGGCUUCAAGGGCAAAGUUGGUGGUGGGAGAGGGGGAGGGGGUAUGCCCAAAUCUGGGAAGCCGAUGAAAAGCUUCGGGCGCGGGGGGAAAUUUGGAUCGAAGGGUGGAAAGAGGAAGUGACGGUAAUGGAAAAAGGGUGUAGUAGUGAACGAGAUAUCUAGAAAUUAGGAAAAGUCACUGGUAUUGUUAUGGUAUAUGUGUGCAGAGGAUUUUUUUUUAUUUUAUUUUUUUAGCCUUUUGUUCAGCAGAGGUUUGUUUUGUGCUUUCCGGCAGAGGAUUCGUUCUUUAUCAAUCGGAAAGGUUGACGGCAAUAGGUUUGAUCUUGUAUUCCUGUGAUGAUUUUUUUUUUCUUUCUUCCUUUGAAUCCCAACAUGGUUCCAUUUGUUUUAAUCCCCCAACAUGGUUCCAUUUGUUUCAUUGUAACCCAAUAGGCUGUCAGUCGGAUGGCGUCUCUUAUCUUCUUCUCAAGCACGGUCCCCAAUGGGUGUUAAACACUGUAUAACUUAAACCACCACUCCAUCCGGACCUUUUUUUUUUUUUUUUUCCUGUUUUGACAACCUAAAUGUUGCAUUUCCCCGAGCCAAAAAUCCACAGUGCCUCUGUGAGGAAAAAUAGUUCUGGUACCCUUUGGCACCGAACCUCUACAGGGUCUGGGAACUGUAGAUUUUGGCCCGGUACUUGUAGGCCAGAAACAAUGAACAGUGCAGGGGCCA